CCCAAACUGGAAGCACCAAGCACCCGCCUGGCCCAUCUCCUGGUCCCCGACCUCGCCUCCAGUUCCACUCUCGCCGCGGCGGCGGCCGCCGCCCCACCCCUACCCCUACACCAUGUACGGCGUCGGCGGCGGUGGGGGCGGCUUCAACGCGCCCUCCACCACUGCCGGUCGGCGCCGCAACCCGGGCGACGAGGAGGAGGACGAGGAGGAGGAGGGCGGUGAGGGCCGCGUCCUGGAGGCGUGGGAGCGCGCGUACGCGGACGAACGGUCGUGGGAGUCACUGCAGGAGGAUGAGUCGGGCCUCCUCCAUCCCAUCGACACCAAGGCCCUCGUACACUCGCAGUACCGCCGUCGCCUCCUACUCCGCUCCGCCGCGGCAGCCGCUGCCCGCAUCCAAAAGGGGCUCAUCCGCUACCUCUACAUCGUCAUAGACCUCUCCCGGGCGGCUUCAGAGAUGGAUUAUCGUCCUAGUCGAAUGGCAGUUGUUGCAAAACAUGCUGAGGCUUUCAUAAGAGAAUUCUUUGACCAGAAUCCGUUGAGCCAUGUUGGCCUAGUGACAAUUAAAGAUGGUAUUGCCCAUCGACUUACAGAAAUUGGAGGGAGCCCAGAGUCACAGAUUAAGGCUUUGAUGGGGAAGCUUGAGUGUUCCGGUGAUUCAUCCCUGCAGAAUGCUCUAGAACUUGUUCAUGGUUAUUUAGAUCAAGUACCAUCAUAUGGUCACAAGGAAGUUCUGAUUUUAUACUCUGCCCUGAAUACAUUUGAUCCUGGUGAUAUCAUGGAGACAAUAACAAAAUGUAAGAAGUCAAAAAUUAGAUGCUCUGUCAUUGGUCUUGCUGCAGAGAUCUUCAUUUGCAAACAUCUAUGUGAAGAGACUGGUGGAUCCUACACAGUUGCGCUGGAUGAGUCUCAUUUCAAAGAGUUGUUACUGGAACAUGCUCCCCCACCUCCAGCAAUAGCAGAAUAUGCUGCAGCUAAUUUGAUUAAGAUGGGCUUUCCACAAAGGGGUGCUGAGGAUCUUAUAUCUAUUUGCUCUUGUCACAAGAAGAUAAAGUCUGGGGCUGAAGGUUACAUAUGUCCUAGAUGCAAAGUUAAUGUGUGUGAGCUUCCAACUGAAUGUCGAACUUGUGGUCUUACACUAGUUAGUUCUCCACACUUGGCAAGGUCAUAUCAUCAUCUCUUCCCUGUAGCACCGUUCGAUGAGGUCACCCCUGUUCCAAAUAGAAUCCAAAGGGGAGGACAGAUCUGUUUCAGCUGCCAGCAGAGCCUUUUUAACCCAGAUGGCCAAUCUAACCUCCAUGUUCGCUGCCCAAAAUGCAACCAGCACUUCUGCCUUGAUUGUGAUAUUUACAUCCACGAGAGCUUGCACAACUGCCCUGGCUGUGAGAGCCAACGCAACAUCACUUUAUAGAGACAUUGUGUGCAUUAUUCAGGUCAUACGUUAAGCUUUCUCCUACACUGUAACCGGCAGCAAAGUUGUUUCAUGAUCAGACAAUGUACAGAUAAUAUAAUGCCCGGCAUCCUUUUAUUGACAGUUCCUGUUAGAUUGAGUAGCUAGUUGAGCUAUUGAUACCUCGUCAGAGGCCAAUGAGUCGAUAGUUUUAACAUUGUGCCGAGAAGAGAUGCUGAAAGUGUAUAAACAUGACAGACUUGAUUCUUGCUGUUUUUUUUUCCUGAAGCAAGACGAUAUUUUUAUUCAGUUUCA